AUGUUCCCGCCCACGCGCAUUCGGAGCUGCCUUCCAGUCAUGAACCCUAUGUUCAGACGCGUUAAACCCCACAAGCCCUUCAGGCAGGUCCACAACCAGACAAAGAGCGUCGCUAACAAUCAGUUGCAAAAAACGAAAUGGAUGAAUCUGAGGGCGAUAUUCACGCGAUGGGUGCCUCUAGGCAGCGUUAUAUAUGUGGGGUGGUGUUAUAUACGGUCGACUGUGAACUACGAAGUAUCCAGGGUGGAAAUCAAGUUUUACGAAAUGUUCCCGUUCCGUAUAACGAGCCGCCUGUGGGGACGGCUCGCGGCCUGGGAGCUGCCGACUUCGAUCAGGAGCUUCGUGUACGGCACGUACGUGAGGAUGUUCAACGUGAAUCUCAACGACGCCGCCGUGACUGAUCUCUCGUACUACAAGAGCUUGUCGGCGUUCUUCACGCGAUCUCUGAGAGAAGGCGCCAGGUACAUAUCUCCCGCGUACUGUGUGUCGCCUUGUGACGGUGUCGUGUUAAACUGCGGGCCGGCAGAUACAGACAAGAUAGAACAAGUGAAGGGAGUCACGUAUAGUCUGGAGGAGUUUCUGGGAGAAAACAAGUGGUCUAAGUCUAAUAGUAACUAUUAUCAGUCUCUGUUGAAGAACAGGGAGAACAUUUUACACCAGUGUAUUAUAUAUUUAGCCCCCGGAGACUAUCAUCGGUUUCACUCGCCCUGUGAUUGGUCGUCAAGUUUCAGAAGACACUUCUCCGGGAAACUUCUGUCUGUUAAUCCGUGGAUGGCCAAGUUAAUACCGGGUCUGUUUACGAUGAACGAGCGAGCCGUGUACGUCGGUGAGUGGAAGCAUGGCUUCUUCAGUAUGACGGCCGUCGGAGCCACCAAUGUAGGCUCCAUCGAGAUAUACAGCGACCCUGAACUAAGAACGAACACGAAAGGUAAACGAAAUCGAAUCGAAGAAAUGGAAAUACACACGGACUAUAAGAAAGGUGAACUGUUUGGCCAGUUUAAUAUGGGCAGUACAAUAAUAUUACUGUUCGAAGCUCCCGCUGAUUUUAAAUUUGAGUUCAAGUCCGGGGAAAGAGUGUUGAUGGGUCAGGCAUUGACGACGGCAGCUAAGGAACAAUCUAUAUAA